UGAUUGUAUUAUUCCCGAGUCACCUGAUCUUUUUCAAGCUUGAGACAGCUGUAAGUGUAAACUAAGAAACAUGGAUCGGUAUGAUAAAGCGUCACUGAACGCUGCUCCGGCGCCUGAUUUCAAAGGAAAUGAUGGUUCACUUCUCUCUGUACUGAAGACAUUGCUGUUCUUCACAGUCUUAAUGAUUACAUUUCCGAUAGGACUCUAUUUUGCAUCGAAGGUUUACAUAUUUGAAGGCACCUUUGGCCUUUCAAAUAGAGAUAGCUAUUUUUAUGCUGCAAUUGUUGCUGUGGUGGCAGUCCACGUGGUCCUGGCCCUUUUUGUGUAUGUGGCAUGGAAUGAAGGCUCAAGACAGUGGCGUGAAGGAAAACAAGAUUAACGAGGCAAAUUUUUUAACUGGACAGAAGCCAAGAAGCUGCUUUUGUAGGAGAGUGCAUACAGGAAGAGUUGAUUUCUGAAAAAUACUGAGUGCUUACAAUGGGACUGGUGUUCUUUUGUGAAUGGAAACUAGACCUGUGUAUAAAGAUUUCUUCCUACAUGAGAGAACUGCAUCCUGUUUUUUCAGAGAGGGAUACCAUGCUUCAUAAUUUUUUAUUACUUUGGACUGUGUGGUGCAACAGUUUAUUCCAGACCUAGUUUUUUAGGUUUUAUACUUAAAGUGAUGAGUAAUGCAUUUUUAUAAUGCUUCAAGUACAUACUUUAUCAAAUAGUUCUUCAAUCACUUUAAUUAAAAUCAUUAAUUACAUCUUUUGAGAUCAGUACUUUGGUUUUGAAAAUUGAAAUCCCAUUGUAAGUAAUAUAACAAAAGCCUACAUUUUAAUGUAUGUUUCAGGACCACAUAUUUGUUUGUUCAGUCAUUCCAACUGCAUCCCCAUAAAAUGCAUACAGUCUACAGUUCAACUUUCCAGCCUUCCAGAGAAAUGAUCUGUGUAAUUUUAAAAUAACUAAUUUAUGGUCCUUCUUUAAAAUGGAGUAUUGUCUCAUGGCUUUGUUUUGAAAGGAAUGCACAUUUGAAAAUGUUUGAGAAAUGUUAAUGAAGUUGGCAGCUAAACAAUAUGACAAUGGACAGCAAUGUUAAGGAAAUUGUUGUUGCAUCCUUCAAAUCUUUCUGAAAUGUUUUUACCAACACCUUAAAUAUCAGCUUGCUAUCAUAUGUUUGUACUGAUAAACAGCGGACAGUUGCUUCUGAAAUGCCUUUAAGCAAUCAGUUAAUCAAUUUAGGGGUCCCUUUUUAAGUAACCCUGGCACAUUCUAGUAGUAUCAGUUGUGUGCACCCACUACUAUGUAGGCAUCCACUUUUCUACUUGUUACAGACAAAACAAGUAAUACUUUCCUGGAAAGGUUCUCAUGUUGCAGGAAUCUUGUCUGUGAUUACAUGUGUUGUUCUUGUACGUACUUCUGAAAUAUUGAUGAAGGGGGAACUGAGCUAUAUGUUAAAUUUCAGUCCAUUUUGCUAUUCUGAAGUGUAGACUAAUGAUGUACACCACAUCAGGGCUUGUUUGAUAGUUGUCAUGUUAAUUCUCCCCACACAGCAAAACAUGAAAACCUGUUCUCUUUAAAAUAAAUGGAUAAUUGAAAAAAAACUGCUUUUGUCAGUUUGCAACAAUAAACUGCUGUAAGGAUUUCCUUUCUUAAGUUUGAGUUCCAACUCCAGAGGUAUCCUAAAUAAAAUGUUUGGGCUAUUAUGGGCAGUAUUGCCUAUUAAGUUAGCUGUAAAUUAAGGAGAUAGUGAAUACUGAAGUUGUGAAGUUGUUUGCAUGACCGGCUAGUUCCGCUUGACUACUUGUAACACCCAACCUGUCCAAAAACUUAAAUGACUUGGUUUCUAUCAGCAAUGGAAGCCUCAAAUAGUAGAGGAGUGCCUUUCAUCUCUUCCCACACCCUCUUCAUCCCUCUCUUAUACAUAGUUUGUAACUUCACUUUUGCAACUAAGCGGGUUCUUUACAUUUUUGUUCAUAGCUUGGCAAUAAUUUUUUUAUUUCUGUUGUAUGUGUUCACAAGGCAACCUUUUUUGAUCUGCUUGAGAAUUGUAAUACUUUAAAAUUGUCUAAGCCUUGUAGGGAAAAAGAAUUGGUACUGUCUACAAGCAAUAAUAAAUUAUGUAAAACUAGAA